AUGAACCGCAACGACAUGAUCAACAACCGCCAACCCGGCUACGCUCUUCCCAGCCUAGACAACUCAUCCUCGUCGUCGCUCAUGGACGCCGUCGUUGGCGGGCAGCAGCGGCCGACCGCUUCGGCCAGCACUAUGCCCACGCUCACGGAGAACGGUAACAAGGAGGGCGUUUCAGAGCUCGAGCGGAACCUGCAGAAGCGGCGGUCGCUCAUCCCCCACCUCGAGAACGAGCUCGCCGAGCUCGAGGCCCAGAUCAAGGCUGCCGAGGAACGCCUCGCCCGGGCCGCAGGCGGACAGGCUGUCGGUGCCACUGCUCAGUAA